ACCCUCCCUCCCUUCCUCUCCUCCAUGUGUGACGAAGGCAGAAUAUCGCCAUCUCUGAUGCUUUGGGCCUGUGUCUAUUUGCGUUUAUUUCGCCAUCACAGGGGGGAAAAAUUGAGACUAAUUUGUUCUAAAAUGUUAUUUUUUCUGGGCUCAUCCCUCGCUCACGUGUGACGGGAUCCAGGUGCCGUUUGGAUCCAGAUCUAGCGUGAUCAUCUGGAGAAGACAGGCAGAGACCCUCAGACCGUACAGCUGCUCUCAUCAUCCAGGCAUGGCCAUUACGCCCCACACAGCGGAGGUGGCGCGCCUCUACCAGACGGAGUUUGUCCGCAGCGCCCGGGCGGUGGGCGUGCUCUGGGCCGUGUGCACGCUCUGCUUCGCCAUCAUCGAGGUGGUGGUGCUGGUGCAGCCCUCCUGGGUGGGGACAAGGGAGCUCCACUACCAGAGCGGCACACCGCCCCCUACAUCGGGUACGCUCGGUCUGUUUGAGGUGUGCCUGGAGUCCGACUGGCCCGUACCUGAGUGCCGCGGGUCUCUGAGGACCCUGACGCCCCUGCCCUCCUUCCAGUCUCCCGCUGUUCUGGUGUGCAUGUCCCUGACCAUGGUCUGGGCCAGCGUCGGCUGUCUCUGUCUGUUCAGGUUCUGCAACGCUGCCACCGUGUAUAAGAUCUGCGCCUGGUUGCAGCUCACUGCAGGGUUCUGCCUUGCGCUGGCCUGCGUGCUGUUCCCUGACUCCUGGGACUGUGCUGAGAUGCGGGCCCUGUGUGGGGAGGCUGUGGGCAGCUUCUCCCCAGGAAACUGCUCCGUCCACUGGGCAUUCGUGCUGGCCAUGCUGGGGGUGCUGGAUGCUGCCAUCCUUGCCACGCUGGCCUUUGUGCUGGGGAAUCGCCAGGACGCACUUCUGCCUGCUGAUGCCAAGGAUGUGACUGGGCUGCUGCUGGCUGCAUAGUGUCACCUCUGAUCUGGCUGUCAAUUAAACAAGUGACCCUUCCCAUCAUCAAUGUUCUAACCAUUUCCUCAAGAUGAAGACAGAACAUUCUGACCUCCUGAUUUCCUUCUUCUUUCCUUCCCCCAUCAUUACAUCAUUGUGAAGGGACAGCUUACAUAACUACCCUGCCUGGAGACUGUCACCUGGCAACCCUGUGGUCCUGUCGUCAGGGCAAUGGAGAGGAGCGAUGAGUGAGCGUUGUCCUCUGUGUUUGUACCAGACAAACAGGAUGUUAGGGUGGAGGAGCAAGAGGAUACUGAGAGCUUGUGUAGUUUAAUCCAAAACAUGUCAUACUGAAAUACAUAGAAUACUAGUGCUGAUAAUGAUAUGGUGCCCUACAGUAGCUCAGUGUUGAGAGGCCAGUAUAGACUGGGUUAUCUGGUUUCCCUCUAGUUCUCUAGGAGCGACUGAUGCCUUAUUCACCUGUAAUGCUUUUCCAUUUACAUGAAUUGAGAUCUUCUUUCGGAGAAAGGGAGGGAGGGAUGUAGAGAGAAAGAAAGAUUAUUGUUUUAUGACACUAUCUGGAUUUGACUCCAUCCAUUCAGCUGUUUCAUUGCAGUUUAACGUUAUCCCUCUGUGAAGAUCAGACAACCAGAUGACUGUGAGGAGAAAUAUUGUGUUUCUGGUAUGAUAAACAUUCCAUAUUCUGUAUCAGUGUGUCUAGAUUUGGGAAUCAAUGUUAGUGUUGAUACUGAAGAUGCCAAGUGACUGUGUUGUUCUCCCAGGGUGCUAGAUCUUUGUUAACGUGUGCAUGCUUCUCUAGUGUGGAGAAACCCUCUCUGUGCGUGUCUGUUAGGACAACCAUGUGGAAAUAGCAAUUAUAGAUCACCGGUAACUGUUGACUACAUUAUAUUCAAAGUUUUUGGUAGCUUUGGAAUUUUUUAGAAUAUAGAAUAUGUUGAUGUACUGUAACCAAGCAUGAAUAUGCAAAGAACUUAGUAAGUGUUGGAACGUAUACAGCAUCUACUAACUACCUGUGUCUAAUCUAUGAUUACAUAUGUAAUGUGAUCUAUUUUCUUGUAAAUCAUGUGUUGUAAGAUGAAGAAGUGAUAGAGACUCACUAAACCUUAUUCAACAGCAAUAGAGGCAAUAGAAAAUGUUUUCACAUCAGAUUUUAUUACCGUGAUCCACAUUACGAUAAAAUAGAGUGCGUAAAUAUGUAUUUUUGUACACAAUUUUUAAUUGCACAGAUAUUUGGAAAAGCUACAAUAAUUAGACCCACAUCUCUCUGUGCACAAAUGUAGAGAGGUGUGUAGAGGAGGAAGGAGGGGGGGGUAA